GCCAAUUAAUUUUUAUCACUUACUCGUCGAUUUUGGUGCCAUUACACAAAACUAUCACUUAUUUAUUUCGUGUCAUUGGUUUGCGAUGUCUUCUGUUUGUUACAAUCCAUUCAUUUAUUGUUGGCUGAACUCUACGUUCAGAAGUGGGGCGAAAAGGUUUUUCUCUUAUCUGAUUCGUUGCGAUCUGAGGCCAGUCGUGAGCAUAUCGGAGGACAGGCGCCGAUCCUCUGUCAACGACAAUGAGACCAAAUUGGAUACUGUGGUCACGACCGCCACCACAACCAUCAACAACAAGAAACUGUCGAUUAUGUCACUCCAGGAAUCGCCCGAUAAUAUCAAUUCAAAUGCUGUUAACGAUAAUCACAAUAUCGAUGUCGAGCACGACGUCUAA